AUGGGAGUUAUAAACAUCGAGUCCCCGGAGCAUUUUCUGAGAGAGCUUGGAAACGGUCCUGCUGUCAUUGACUUUUGGGCUCAAUUCUGCGGUCCCUGCAAGAGAAUCGCCCCUGAGUACGAAAGUCUCAGCAACGCGUACCCAAACAUCAAGUUUUUCAAAUGCGACACUCGAGGAGACGGAAGCGAAGUCGCCGACUCACAUGGAAUCCGAGCUCUCCCGACGUUCGUUUUCUACAAAGGCGGAAAAGAACUGCGAGAGCACAGAUUCGAAGGAGCGGACAUGACAAAAUUGGAGCGAGUUCUCAGCCAAAUCGGCCGCGUUGAGACCUUUACUGGCGCUGGAAAUAGAUUGGGCGGAGAAGAAUGGCAAACUCCCCCACCAGAAGCUUUCAAUAUUCCUCAAGCGGCGGAGGAAACAUUUCCGAACCCGAUUCAAGUUGAUCCAACAAAGCCAAGAACAAAAAUUCAAUUUCGCUUUCACGAUGGAUCAAAGCACGUGCAAGAGUUCAACAACGAUCACCACAUUUGCGACAUUUUCCUCUACGUUGGUCACCGUGAUGGUUUCUCCUCCAAUUUCAUUCUGAAGAGUGGUUUUCCGCCGAGGCUCUUGGAAGAUACAGGAGAAACGCUCGAAGGGGCAAAGCUUCUUAACAGCCAGAUUGUUCACCAAAUCGUCAAAUAA